GCUGCUACGCCCACAGUCAGAGGGAGACUCACGUACACAGUGCGGCAGGCUGGGGAGGAGGCUCUCUUUAUAACAGUUUUAUUUUGUUUAAAACGGAUAUUUAAUCACAGAAAACACCUGAAAGUAUUGUAAACUGUUGCUGCUCUGGUCUUGAAAUCGUCCUCACUGAAGGUGGAUCAACGUACCUGCUCUCCUCCUCUUCAUCCCCUCAAUAGAUUAGAGGCGUGCUGGUUAACGGAGCAGCUGUGGAUGUGAGCAGAAAGAGGACCACAUCACAUGGGAGUGUGUGCCGGUGUGUGUGAGGGUGUGUGUUCUGGCCUCCUGCCGUCGCCCGCUCUUCCAGGACAGGCAUGGCGGGGGGCAGAGAGCGCGGCUCCCGGAUACAGAGGCCGUGGUCGGUGUACCGGGCAAGCACGUUCGAGCUGUCCAGUGAGAUGAUCGGCCUCGCACUCGCAGGAAAUAGCCAGGACCCAGAUGAGCCUGUGCUGGAGUUCAGUGUCACCUGCACAGACCUGCUGACUCCUGCUUUGGAUCGAAAACCCAACAGCUUUGUAGCAGUGAGCUGCACGACACCACCGCAGGCCUUCUGGACCAAACACGCCCAGACUGAAGUCAUAGAGGGCACCAGUAACCCCAUCUUCCUCAGCAGCAUCGCCUUCUUCCAGGAGUCCAACAUCACGCAGCAGACGCAGGUCAAACUGGCCGUGUACGACGUGAAGGACCGCUCGCAGGGAACGAUGUACAUGUUGGGCUCGGCACUGUUUCCUGUGAAGGAGUUGUUGCAAGAGAGAAGCCACAGAUUACAGCUCGAACUCAGAUCAGCAGAGAACCAGCGGGUGGGGAACGUCACCAUAGCAGCCUGGCAGAUGGAGGAGAGAGCAGAUCAGAGGAUGUCGGUCAGCCGACUGCCGGACAGCAUCAACGGCCGGACGAUGCUGACUGUUGAUGAAAGCCUCACAGAGUCGAUGGGAGUGAGGAUCAAAUACGCCUCACUAUGCAAAGACACCCUGCUGCGCUCAGUGUUCGGAGGCACGAUGUCACGGAUGUACCGCUUCCCCACAACAGAUGGGAACCACCUACGGGUGCUGGAGCAAAUGGCCGAGAGCGUCCUCUCAUUAAACAUCCCCAGACAGUUCGUCAAACUGCUGCUGGAGGAGGACGCAGCCAGGGUGUGUGAGCUGGAGGAGCUGGGAGAGUUAUCCCCCUGCUGGGAGAAUCUGAGGCGACAGAUUGUCUCUCAGUACCAAACGAUAAUCCUCACAUACCAGGAAACACUGUCCAACCUCAACGACUACAGAGGUCCGUCAUUCAAAGCCAGUAACCUGAAGGCGGAGAGAAAGCUCGAGUUUAUGCCAACCAACCUACACGUUCAGAGGAUGAGGGUGCAAGAUGAGCUCGGCUUUGAACACACGUAUGAUGUGAUAACAAUCGGAGCUCCGGCGGCUCACUGCCAAGGCUUUAAAAACAGCGGUUUGAGGAAACUCAUCCAGAAGUUUGAGGAGGCAAAGAAACACGUUUAUGAGGAGGAAUGCAGCGCUCUCUCCAGCUCGCAGUCCAUUGUCUACAUACCCCAGGACAUCGUCAAAGCCAAAGAGAUCAUUGCCCACAUCAACACGCUGAAGACUCAGGUCAGCUACUAUGCCGAGAGGCUUUCCCGAGCCGCGAAGGAUCGAUCUGCCAGCGGCCUGGAGAGGACACUCACUAUUCUAGCUGAUAAGACUCGUCAGCUGGUGACAGUAUGCGACUGUAAGCUGCUAGCCUCAGCCAUUCAGGCCCUGAAUGCAGCACGGCCAGAGUACAUCGCCUCCAAAGCGUCUCCCUCCGCAGACUCAGAACAAGUGGUCCUCCGUAACGACCAGGACACAUUGCUGGCCAAGUGGAGCGGUCGCAACAGUCGGUCCUCGCUGCAAGUAGACUGGCAUGAGGAGGAAUGGGAGAAGGUUUGGGUGAAUGUGGAUAAAUCUCUGGAGUGCAUCAUCCAGCGUGUGGACAAGCUGCUUCAGAAAGAGAGGAGACCCAGCAUCAGCAGUCAGGACAGUGGACAGGCUGACCUGCAGGGCGGUGCCAGCAAGAAAGGUGAUAGACGAGCUUUCUGGAUCAACCCAGACAGUUUAUCACAGGAUUCUCCAUCAUCAUCAUCAUCAUCAUCAUCAUCAUCAUCACAACCACCACCAGCAGCCUCAUCGCCAUCUUCAUCACCCCUACCAUCCUCCUCUUCUCCUCCUGCCCUCUCCUCUGCACGUCCUCCCAGCCCCGAACAAGAAUCCUAUGGAAGCCCGAUAGCUGAGGAGGCAUACCCAGGUGAGUGGAGCGAGGCGUUGUACCCUCUCCUCACCACGCUCACAGAGUGCGUCGCCAUGAUGAGCGACACGGCCAAAAAGUCCAUGGUCUUCCUACUGAUGCAGGAUAGUGCGCCGACAAUAGCCAUGGACCUUUCGCUGCAGUACCGCCGCGACGUCGUCUUCUGCCAGACGCUCACCGCUCUCAUCUGUGGUUUCAUUAUCAAACUGAGGAAUUGUCUCCGUGACAACGGAUUCCUCAGACAGCUCUACACCAUCGGCCUGCUCGCUCAGUUUGAAUCCCUGCUCAGCACCUAUGGAGAGGAGCUGGCCAUGUUGGAGGAUAUGAGUGUGGGCAUCAUGGAUCUUCGUAACGUCACCUUUAAGGUGACCCAGGCCACCAGUAGCUCCGCCCCCGACAUGCUGCCAAUCAUCACCGGUAACAGGGACGGCUUCAACGUCAGAAUCCCGCUGCCUGGAACCAUGUUUGACGCGUUACCUCGAGAGAUCCAGAGCGGGAUGCUGCUGAGAGUGCAGCCGGUGCACUUCAACGUCGGCAUCAACGAGCAGCAGACGCUCGCUGAGAAGUUUGGAGACACGUCCCUGCAGGAGAUCAUUAACCUGGAGAGUCUCUCCAGGUUGAACUCAUAUUACGAGCAGUUUAAAGAAGUCCUGCCCGAGGACUGCCUCCCGCGGUCUCGUUCUCAGACUUGUCUCCCUGAGCUGCUGAGGUUUCUGGGGCAGAACGUCCACGCCAGGAAAAACAAGAACGUGGACAUCCUCUGGCAGGCGGCUGAGAUUUGCCGUCGGCUGAACGGUGUUCGGUUCACAAGUUGUAAAAGUGCCAAAGACCGCACGGCCAUGUCGGUGACACUGGAGCAGUGUCUGAUCCUGCAGCAUGAGCACGGCAUGGCACCGCAGGUCUUCACGCAGGCUCUCGACUGUAUGCGCAGCGAGGGCUGCAGACGAGAAAACACUGUGAAGAACGUCGGAUGCCGAAAGUACGCGUUUAACUCGCUGCAGCUCAAAGCCUUCCCUAAACACUACCGACCGCCUGACGGUACCUACGGGAAAGUCGAAACCUGAUUGGACCAAGGGGGAACUCAGCGUUGGGAAACUAUCGGACAAUUUGGUGUUUUGGGAAGGCCGAGAUCAGUCCGGGUACAAUCAAGACAUAAACUGUUAAACCAACACCCAAGUUACUGUGUCGGAGAGUUUAGAUCGAUUUGCAGCAGAGAGAUACUUACAGAUUUCUCCACCUUUUAGUCAAAUAACUGUUUUUAGAUAAUGUAUUAGCUGCUUAUGCCACAUUAUGCAUAACAAUAAAAGAACGUUUUUAUUUCCUAUUCAAAAUAAGUACAUGAACAGCACUGCCUCACCCUGAAAAAGCACUGAUAUAAUCAAUGUCAAACACUCCAACAUUGAUAUUUAUGUUCUACGAUGGAAAUCGAGACAAAAAUCAUCAACACCACAUGUUCCCAUGUACUCAUGUAUGAAUAAAUAAGAUCAAAACAGACAAUGAAUCAUUGUCAACACACA